CCCUCCUCUCUCUUUGUCAUUCUGGCUGCCUGCUGCCUCCGCAGCGUCCCUCUAGCUCUCCCUGUGCUAACUGCCUGCGCCUUAGACCGACGGGGUGCGCAAAGCAGAAGGAUUAGUUGGGACCUGCCUGGGUGACCCUAUGGCAUCCCCCAGAACCGUAACUAUCGUGGCCCUCUCAGUGGCCCUGGGACUCUUCUUUGUUUUCAUGGGGACUAUCAAGUUGACCCCCAGGCUCAGCAAGGAUGCCUACAGUGAGAUGAAACGUGCUUACAAGAGCUAUGUUCGAGCCCUUCCUCUGCUGAAGAAAAUGGGCAUCAAUUCCAUUCUUCUCCGAAAAAGCAUCGGUGCCCUUGAAGUAGCCUGCGGCAUUGUCAUGACCCUUGUGCCUGGGCGUCCCAAAGAUGUGGCUAACUUCUUCCUACUCUUGUUGGUGUUGGCUGUGCUCUUCUUUCACCAGCUGGUCGGUGAUCCUCUCAAACGCUAUGCCCAUGCUCUGGUGUUUGGAAUUCUGCUCACUUGUCGCCUACUGAUUGCCCGCAAGCCUGAGGACCGAUCUUCUGAGAAGAAGCCCUUGCCAGAGAAUGCUGAGGAGCAACCCUCCUUAUAUGAGAAGGCCCCUCAGGGCAAAGUGAAGGUGUCAUAGGAAAGUGGAAGUGCAAAAUGUGGACCUUCCAGGCAGUUGCCUCCAUGACACCCAGGAAGAUGUCAAUGUGUAGUUUUCAUUUGAUUUAUUUAUCUUGGGGAAAAAGGAAAAUAUAAUCUGCAAGUUAAUUGGCUUGUGUACAUCUGUACUCUAAAAUGACCUUCCCACGUUGACAUUUGUGCACCACCUUUAAUCACUCUGGGGCAACACUCACAUCUGGCUGCAUGUACAUGUAUACGGCUACUAUUGAAGUGUAUUUGUGAGAUGGACUCCAGCAAGCAUGUGACUGUGAGAUUAUGUGUGGGAAAAUGUAUUUAACUACCGUGUGUGUACACACACACAUGUGGAGAAGGCUCUGAUCUUGAACUAAUCCUGCACAGGUAUCCUUCCCUUUAUAAGUUGAUUCUAGUAAAGACAGAAUAAAACAAACUUUUUUUAAAGAGAAUCCUACUUUUGGUAUAAAAGAAGUGACCUAUUCCCUUGUGGGGAGAGUAUCCUUCUCUAGAUGAAGCUGAAAACUUAAACUCACCACUUUAGGGAAAAGUUCCUUUAAUUUGAAACACUGAGUUAUGUGUAAAAUUAAUUAGCCUUUACUUCAAUAGUUAAGUUUUAAAUACUUCAUAUUGAGUUUAAUUAAAACAAAGGAUACAUGCAGUCAAUUGAUAGUCUAUUCUUCAAGUGAUAAAAUAGGUUGUUUCACCUUGCCUUUGUACAAGCCCAACUUACUGAGUUCUUUUACUAACAUUUAAAAACGGAAGUAGUAGGAUUUUCUUAAGCCCACAGCUGCCUCACUUCCACUAUUCUUAGUAGCUAACCAGGAUUUGGCAGCUGCUCCACUGUUAUGGUUGAUGGAGCAGGAAUUGGUCCUGUUAGAAAUUGGAAUCUCAAACAUUAGCUAUUCUCUGAAACCGUCUCUGAAAAUUGACAGAGAAGUUGUAUCCUGUUUCCCUGCCAAACAGUUUCACUACUCCUAUUGAUUCUUUACUGAACUUUGCUAGUGUAAGAAAAGUUCAAAUCAGCCCCAGAAUUGUGUCCUCUAUAUUUCUUUAUCAUUCCAGUAGGUGGAAUUUGGCUGGGGGAAGGACAUUUGACAUGGGUUAGUUGGAUUGAGCAGUAUGGAAAUUUGCUUUCUUCAUUACAUACUGCUGUUUCUCCUUGUUAAAUGUGCUUUGAUGGUUUUAAUAUUAUUGUGCCAGGGAUGGGGA